GCAACUCGUGCAAACACUCGAACAGUUAGCCAAGAAUGGAGUGCGGUUUCAGUUUCGGUUCUCCUCUCAGACCUUUUUUGGGUAGUUAAAUCUGCUUUAUUUUUCAGCUUAACAGUGGGUUUCCAAGCAGACAACUCAGGACCAGACCGCGGGCAGCGAACUUGGCCUUGACUGCGGCGCCCUGGCCCGACCUUUCCUGGCUGUCCCCUUCUGUGCACUGGCGGCAGUAGACAAGGCAGAAGAUCAUCACUCAGACAAUACAAAGCCUCGGAGACUGACUCUCGUUUAUUUUGGUUACCAUGGCAUCUAGAGUCAACAUGGAGGCUCCCAUGUGUAUAGUGGAAAACCAGGACGGGCAGUUGAUGGUGAAUCCCAAAGCACUGGAGAUUCUUAACCAGAUAUCUCAGCCUGUGGUGGUGGUGGCCAUUGUGGGAAUGUAUCGUACAGGAAAAUCCUACCUCAUGAACCGCCUUGCAGGGGAGAAUCAUGGCUUUCAUUUGGGAACUACAGUGAAGUCUGAAACCAAGGGCAUCUGGAUGUGGUGUGUGCCCCAUCCUUCCCAGCCAAAAUUCACCUUAGUCCUUCUAGACACUGAGGGCCUGGGGGAUGUGGAAAAGGGAGACUCUAAGAAUGACUCCUGGAUCUUUGCCCUGGCCGUGCUUCUGAGCAGCACCUUUGUCUACAACAGCCUGGGCACCAUCAACCACCAGGCCCUGGAGCAGCUGCACUAUGUGGCUGAACUAACAGAGAUAAUUAGGACAAAAUCCACUUUGAGAGCUGAUGAAAUAGACGACUCGGAUGAAUUUGUGAGUUUCUUUCCAGACUUUGUUUGGUGUGUGCGGGAUUUCAUGCUGGAGCUGAAGUUAGAUGGACGUCCCAUCACAGAAGACGAGUACCUGGAGAAUGCUUUGAAGCUUAUUCCAGGCAGGAAUCCUAAAAUCCAAAACUCCAACUUGGUUAGGGAGUGUAUUAGACAUUUCUUCCCAAAGCGGAAGUGUUUUACCUUUGACCGACCUACAAAAGAAAAAGAACUCUUGGUCCAUAUUGAGGAUGUGGCAGAAGACCAGCUGGACCCUAACUUCCAGGAGCAAUCUGAAAACUUCUGUUCCUAUAUCUUCACCUAUGCAAACCCCAAGAUUCUGAAAGAUGGAAUCCAUGUCACCGGCAAGCGGUUGGGGACACUGGUGGAGACCUAUGUGGAUGCCAUCAGUAGUGGAGCAGUUCCUUGUUUGGAAAAUGCGGUAACAACUCUGGCCCAGCUUGAGAAUUCUGCAGCCGUGCAGAAGGCUACUGACCACUAUAGUGCACAGAUGGCCCAACGAGCGAGGUUCCCCACAGACACGCUCCAGGAGCUGCUGGACGUGCACACAACCUGUGAGAGGGAAGCUGUUGCAGUCUUCAUGGAGCACUCCUUCAAGGAUGAUAAUCGGGAAUUCCAGAAGCAGCUUAUGGAAACCAUAGAGAAGAAGAAGGGAGAAUUCUUGCUUCAGAAUGAAGAGGCAUCUGAGAAAUAUUGCCAGGCUGAGCUUAAGCAGCUCUCAGAGUCCCUAAUGGAAAGUAUUUCUAGAGGGGCUUUCUCUGUUUCUGGAGGACACAGUCUCUAUCUAGAAGCAAAGAGAAAGGUUGAACAGAACUAUAAGCUGGUGCCCAGGAAAGGAGUCAAGGCAAACGAGGUGCUGCAGAGCUUCCUGCAGUCGCAGGUAGUAGUGGAAAGCUCCAUCCUGCAGGCAGACACAGCCCUCAGCGCUGGGGAGAAGGCCUUAGCAGCUGAGCAGGCCAAGAGGGAGGCAGCUGAGAAGGAGCAGGAACUGCUAAGACAGAGGGAGAAGGAGCAUCAGCAAAAAUUGGAGGCUCAAAACAGAAGCUACCAGGAGAACAUCACCCAGUUGAAGGAGAAGAUGGAGCAGGAAAGGAAGGACCUCCUCAGAGAACAGGAGAGGAUGCUGGAGCACAAGCUGAAGAUCCAAGAAGACCUGCUUAAUGAAGGGUUUAAAAGGAAAUCUGAGGAGUUGAACACAGAGAUAACACAACUAAAAGAGAAGAUAGCUACAACUAAAAGAGAAGGAGAUCGCUCGUGGGCUGCGCGGCUUGUUGAUGGCAUUGGCAAUGUGUUAAUCUCCGAGGCGCCGGGUCCUGGUAAGAUCGUUGGUAUGUGGGUGAAAAUGUUGAGCACACAAAUGAAAUAGGCUCAGAAUUCCUGUUAAGAAACUGGGAGUGAGUCUUCUUUUAUUGUUCUGUGACCCGGAAGUUCUUUUUUAAAGAAGUUCUCAAAUAAGAUUGAUUACCUGAUAUAUCAUGGUCUGACAUACAAAAGACAAACUUAACAAUGAGCAAAUUAAGUGAUGGGAAAUGAGUUUAAAUAUAUAGUGAAAUUAAAGACUGAAUUUGUAAUACAAUUAAAACUUGUAAAUGUUGUCAAUGAGAAGUAUGAGUAUGUAAAGUGCAAAAUCAAGUAUGUAAAAUUAAAAUUUUAAAUAUUACUGUUGUUAAAAAUAUUUUUGUUGAAGAAUUAUAUAAAGAUAAUUGAAAAUGAAUCUUGAUAUGAAUGGAAUGGGAGAAGAAGUGGGAGAUGGGAGGGGUGUGAGUGGGAGGGAAAUUAUGGGGGGAAGCCAUUGUAAUCCAUUAACUGUACUUUGAAAAUUUAUAUUUACUAAAUAAAAAAGAAAAAAAACUCUUACAAUAA